AAAGUUGUCAGGUGACAGAAAAAAAAAAAAAAAACCCCACUUUCUUCGCUGCCUCCAACGUAAAUAAAAUGGUCGACCACUCUCCCCACGAAGGCCUGCGAUGGAAUCAAAGGCGGCGGCGAUGGAAGAAGCAGCGGCGAGUGAUCCGUCCUACCCGCCCCUCUUCCGCCGGCCCAACCCCGGCUCGAAUCGCGAGGCGGACCAGCGGCCGGCUCACGGUAACCCGGUCUUCGACGUCCCGGUGAUCGAUCUGGAGGACCUGGACCCGGUCCGGCUCGACGAGGUGUGCCGGGGUGUGGGGCUGUUCCGGAUCGCCAACCACGGGGUUCCCUCGGCCCUGAUGGACCGACUCCUGGACCAGUCCAGGGGGCUCCUCUCCCUUCCCUUCGAGUCCAAGCGAACCCUGUUCUCGGACCCCAUGUCCUACAUCUGGGGCACGCCGGCUUUGGGCGCGAAGGUGGCCAACCUCAAUUGGGUCGAAGGCUUCCACGUUCCCCUCGGCCAGCUCAAGUCCAAAGGACACGAUUUGGACUCCCAAGGCUCGGCUUCUUCGUUCAGGUGUUUGGCAGAUGAAUAUGGGAGGCACAUGGCACGCAUAGCAAGGACUCUUUUUAAUGUUGUGGCUGCCAAUCUCAAAUUGGAUGCUAAGAAGGCAGCUUCUUACUUAUCUGAAUUUGAUGGCACAUUUGUUCGAGUCUAUCGGUAUCCAUGUUGCCCUGAAGCUGAUAAAUAUUUUGGGAUGAAUGCUCACACAGACAGCUCCGUUUUAUCCAUCUUGUGCCAAGAUGAGUUGGGGGGCCUGCAAAUUUUUCAUGACAACCAAUGGUUUGACGUAGCACCAAUCCCUGGCAUGCUUACUGUAAAUCUCGGAGACAUGAUCCAGGUUUUUGGCAACGAUGAGUAUAGAAGCGUCAAACACAGGGUGCUGACAAAUAGAAGCAAAGAGAGAAUCUCAGUGUGUUAUUUUGCUUUUCCAAUGGAAGAUGGUCUAAUUAUCAGCUCCAGAUAUAAGACAUUUACUUACAGAGAGUGGAAGGCCCAGGUGCUAGAAGACAUCAAAGCCACCGGAGACAAAGUAGGGCUUGCGCGAUUCAGAAUCGGAGAUCCAAGCUAAAUCCAAUGACGAGACUAAAUUAAAAAGCCUGGAUUGCAAAAAUAUUGAUAUGUGGCACUUGCUUGGUCACAUAUUGCAUGUUUGGAAAUCUCAAUAAGGCAUUUUCUUGGAUUAUUGUGAGUUGAAACUGUGGCACCACGUUGACUCUAAAUAAUUGAUAAAUAUGCUGAGAGACCAUUCUUAUGAAAAA